GCGCGCGCACCACCGGCGGACCCGCGGAGCUGCUGCUGCAGAGCGAGAGGCGCAGAGAGGCGCGCGGAGUGGAAAAGCCUUUAUUUAUUUAUUAUUAUUAUUAUAAUAAUUAUCAUUAUUAUUAUAAUUAUCUCUGCUGCUGCAGUUUUUGCUUCUUUUUUGCCUUUUUUGUUAUUGUUAAGGGAACAUUUUGCUCGAUUUUGCUGCGCUGUUUUUACCGGAUCGCGGAUGAUGGAGAAUGGAUGCGUUUGACCAGCCGUGAAGAGCGCGAGAGGCUCGUGCGUGCGGUUUACCGGAGGAUACGCGGAGGACUGCGCGCGCUGUGUGAUUUAAUACCCGGGGACCUGCUGCUGCUACUACUGCUACUACUGCCUGCUGGAUCUGCUGCUCUCCGGUCCUGCCAUGGCGCGCGCCGGUGCUGUGCGGAGUGUCGCGCGCGUCGCCGUGUGGCUGUGCUUGGUGCUCGGAGGCUCCGGAGCGCGCGGUUCGGAGUCCCCGCGAGGGUUCGUGGAGCUGCGUUUUGUGCUGGAGCCACAGGACGUGGUGACGGUACGAGGCGGUGUCCUGCAGCUGGACUGCCAGGCGCGGUCGGACCAGGGCCUCCCUAUUAUCUCCUGGAAGAAGGACGGUGUCCUGCUGAGCUCGGUGGUGGACGAGCGCAGACAGCAGCUGGCUAAUGGAUCCCUGCUGGUGCAGAAUGUAGUGCAUUCACGGCACCACCGGCCCGACGAGGGGUCCUACCAGUGCCUGGCGAUGCUGGAGGGAGUGGGGGCAAUCGUCAGCCGCACGGCGACGGUUACGGUCUCCGGUCCUCUUCGAGUGGUGGUGCCCACUGAGUCCGUGUCUUCGUUCCUCGGCGAUACGGCUCUGCUGCGCUGUGAGGUAACCGGAGAGCCGAUGCCGGUGGUCCGCUGGCAGAAGAACCGAGUGGACCUGCCCGUGGCCUUCGACCUGGACAGCCGGGUGGUGGUGCUGCCGUCUGGCUCUCUGCAGGUCAGCAGGGUUCAGCCGCCAGACUCUGCCACUUACCGCUGCCUGGCAGAAAACCCGGGCAGCUCCCGCACGGGCACUGAUGCAGACCUGAGGGUCUUACCUGAGCCUGGAGUGCUGAGGAACCUAGUCUUCCUCCAGAGACCCCUGAAGGUCACGGUUCUGCAGGGAAGAGAUGCUGUUCUGGAAUGCUCCGCCUCCGGGUACCCCACCCCCUCUUUCUAUUGGAUGAGGGGCAGCGAGAUGAUCCAGAGCAGAUCGAGAAAGUACUCCCUGCUCGGCGGCAGUAACCUCCUGAUCAACAGUGUCACCGAUGAUGAUUCUGGAAGCUACAGCUGUGUGGCGUUCAAUAAGAACGAGAACAUCACCGCUUCCUGUGAGCUCGCUGUACUAGUGCCGCCUCAGUUCCUCAACUACCCGUCCAACAUGUACGCGUACGAAAGCACCGACAUCGAGAUGGAGUGUGCGGUGACGGGUAACCCACCGCCCAGCGUGCACUGGGUGAAGAACGGAGAGGUGGUCAUCCCCAGCGACUACUUCCAGAUCGUGGACGGUGGGAAUCUGCAGAUCCUGGGACUGGUGCGCUCGGACGAGGGAUUCUACCAGUGCGUGGCGGAGAACGAGGCGGGGAAUGCUCUGGCGAUGGCCCAGCUCAUACUGCUAGAGCCAGUUGUCCCGAGCUCAGGCGCCCUCCCCUCCGCCCCCCGUGACGUGGCCCCUGUCCUAGUGUCCAGCCGAUUCAUUCGCCUCGGAUGGCGCCCCCCUCUGGAGACGCGCGGGACCGUCCUCACCUACGGGAUCUUCUACUCCCAGGAGGGAAUCAACAGAGAGCGUUCGGUAAACGUGACGGAGUCGGAGACGCUGCAGCUGACGGUGAGCAGUCUGAAGCCUGAGGCCGUCUACACCUUCAGAGUGGUGGCCUACAACGAGCUCGGCCCCGGAGAGAGCUCCGAGCCCAUCCGGCUCACCACCCAGCAGGAGCUUCAAGUCCCGGGACCUGUAGAGAACCUCCAGGCUGAGGCGACGUCCCCCACCUCUAUCCAGGCGUCCUGGGACCCCCCGGCCUACGCUAACGGUCAGAUCCAGGGCUACAGACUCCUCUGGACCGAGACGUCCAGCGGCAAAGAGCAGAGUGUGGAGGUGCUUGGUCAGAACUACAAGAUGGAGGGUUUGAAGAAGUUCACGGAGUACGCUUUACGUGUUCUGGCUCUGAACCGCCACGGUCCGGGCAUCGGCACUGAAGACAUGCACAUCACCACCCUGUCUGAUGUCCCAAGCGCUCCUCCUCAGAACAUCUCUCUGGAAGUGAUCUACUCGCGGAGUAUUAAAGUGAGCUGGCAGCCUCCUCCCACCAACCUGCAGAACGGAUUUAUCACCGGCUAUAAACUCCGCUACCGUAAAACGGGCCGCCGCGGGGAGCAGGAGGCCCUGGAACCCAACAACCUGUGGUACCUCUUCACCGGGCUGGAGAAAGGCAGCCAGUACAGCUUCCAAGUGGCGGCCAUGACAGCCAAUGGAACGGGUCCAAGCAGUGAGUGGUUCACAGCUGAGACGCCAGAAAACGAUCUUGAUGAAACCCAGGUCCCGAAUCAGCCGAGCUCCCUGCACGUCCGUCCGCUCCCCAACAGCAUCAUCAUGAGCUGGACCCCCCCACUCAACCCCAACAUCCUGGUGCGGGGCUAUAUCAUCGGGUACGGUGUGGGCAGUCCUUACGCAGAGACAGUUCGAGUGGACAGUAAACAGCGCUACUACUCCAUCGAAAACCUAGAGCCCAGCUCUCACUAUGUGAUCUCCCUCAAGGCCUUCAAUAACGCAGGAGAGGGCGUGCCCCUGUAUGAAAGCGCUGUGACCAGAUCAAUGUCAGACCCCGUCGACCCAUCAGACGAUGAUUUGUUCCAUCUCUUUGAUAAAUUCCCCACCCCCAUCCCAGAUACCUCCACUCCCAUGAUCCCCCCUGUAGGCGUGCAGGCCGUGGCGCUGACCUCGGACUCAGUCAGGGUCAGCUGGGCCGAUAACUCCAUCAGCAAGAACCAGAAGUCCAGUGAAGUUCGGUACUACAGCGUCAAGUGGAAGACCAGCCACUCCACCAGCGGCAAAUACAAGUCUGCAGACACCACAGCUCUGAGCCACACUGUGACGGGCCUGAAACCCAACACCAUGUACGAGUUCGCUGUGAUGGUAACAAAAGGCCGCAAGUCCAGCACCUGGAGUAUGACUGCCCAUGCAACCACCUAUGAAGCAGCACCAAGCUCCGCCCCCAAGGACCUCACAGUGAUUGGCCGAGAGGGUCGACCCAGGUCUAUUCUAAUCAGUUGGCAGCCGCCCCUUGAAGCAAACGGCAGGAUUACAGGUUAUAUUGUGUACUACACACUGGAUAAGAACAUGCCUAUAGAUGAUUGGGUGAUGGAGCCCAUCAGUGGAGACAGGUUGACCCACCAGGUGAUGGACUUAAAUCUAGACACGGUCUACUACUUCCGCAUCCAGGCCAAGAACGCCAAGGGGGUGGGGCCUCUCUCCGACCCCGUCCAGUACAGGACAUCUAAAGUUGAGCACCCUGACAAGAUGGCCAAUGACCAAGGUCGUCAUGGAGACAGCGGCUACUGGCCCUCUGACAACAAUCUGAUUGACAGGAGCAGUCUGAACGAGCCUCCCAUUGGUCAGAUGCGUCCUCCUCACGGCAGCGUGACCCCUCAGAAGAACAGCAACCUGCUGGUCAUCAUCGUGGUGUCUGUGGGUGCCGUCACCAUCGUGGUGGUGGUCAUAGUGGCGCUCAUCUGCACCCGGCGCACCUCCGCCCAGCAGAGGAAAAAGCGGGCCACUCACAGUGCAGGCAAGAGGAAAGGAAGUCAGAAAGACCUCCGGCCUCCUGACCUGUGGAUCCAUCACGAGGAGAUGGAGCUGAAGAACAUCGAGAAACCGUCCAGCUCCGCCCCCUCAGGCCGAGAGUCACCAAUCCAGAGCUGCCAGGAGAUCGCCCCGGUCAGCCACAGCCAAUCUGAGAGUCAGAUGGGCAGCAAGAGCAGCCACUCGGGUGGUGAUGCAGAUGAAGCCUCCAGCAGUAUAUCCACACUAGAGCGCUCCCUGGCUGCCCGGAGAGCCACGCGCACCAAAAUGAUGAUUCCUAUGGACUCCCAGCCCAGCAAUACACCGGUGGUCAGUGCCAUCCCGGUGCCCACGCUGGAGAGCAGUCAGUACCCGGGCAUCCUUCCCUCGCCCACCUGCGGGUACACCCCCCACACCAAGUUCACACUCAGACCCAUGCCCUUCUCCACACUCACCGUGGACCGCAGCUACGCUUCAGCCAUGGCAGCUGAGGGUGCGGCUCCACUCGGCCCCCAGCAGCAGCCCACCCUGAUCCCCACAGUCCAGUCAGAACCGUCGGGCUCGGAGGAAAUCCCCAGCCGGACCAUCCCCACCGCCUGCGUACGGCCCUCCCACCCCAUGCGCAGCUUCACCAACCCCCUACUGCCCCCACCCAUGGGCACCAUCGAGCCCAAGGUCUACACACCCAUGAUGCCACAGACAGGUGGAAGUCUUCCUAAACCCCAGGUCAAAACAGCCUCUUUAGGACAGGCUGGAAAAGCCAGAUCACCGCUACUUCCAGUCUCAGUCCCAACCGCCCCCGAAACAGCAGAGGAGGGCCAGAAACCACCUGAAGACCCUGCAAGUGUAUAUGAACAGGACGACCUGAGUGAACAGAUGGCCAGUCUAGAGGGGCUGAUGAAGCAGCUGAACGCCAUCACCGGCUCGGCCUUUUAACGUCCCCGGCGGACUGCAUGCGUCCUGAACCCCCGAGUUCAGGCAGAGGAGCGGAACACCUCAAACUCAGCCCGAGGCCUUCAGACUCUCUGCGGUGUUCCCCGUUCCUUUGCUCCAGCCUUUAUUCCUUUACUCUGCAGUCAUGCGUUCAUCAGCAAAAACUCUGCGAUGAGAGCGAAAAAAGGGAAAACAAAUCACAUAAAGACUUGUAGGAGACCGUGAUUUUAUUUUGUAUUUUAUAUUUUAUUUUAUAUUUUUAGUUUUUUUUUUGUUUGUUUGUUUCGGGUGUUCCGUUGGGUUCUCAUUUUUGGGCCACCAUGAGAUGAUGCCACCACUUUCACUGCAGUCCAGAAACUUGAGAUAAAAGACUGAAGAAAGAGAAAAUCUACACAAAUCCACAUGAAAUGCCAAGAGUUUCCGUCUAUCUUUGUUUGUUUCACUGUUUUGAAUGGACCUCCUUUUCUGGAGCUCUGAAUCUGUGAGAUCUGGACCUCUGAAUCUCAUGAUGUUUCCUUCACUGUCACUCUGAGCACUAUUUACAAAAGGACCAUUAUUUGCCUUUUGUUUUUGUCCCCCCCAUUUAUUUUGUGUAAUCAAAUGUUUGAAGAGUUAUUGGAGAGCGGGUUAUUGAAGCUGCUCUCAGUGCUGGGUUUGUGAUUGGAAGCCCUCUACUCUGAAGCCCACCUCGACCUGUAGCUCUAAAGGAUGGACGGAUCUCUGGAGAAGAAGCUUCAGAAACAUUCGUUCCCUUUCUCCAGACUCCCUGCUCUUCCCCCUGUUAAGUAAUUACCUUCAAAUCAAGCCAAACACAUCAAUUUUGUUGUCAGUUUUAUUGUUAAGUUUUAUGACGGACAUCAUGCCAAGAAUUAUCGUCAGAUUGCGUGCGGCCAAAGGCAGCCUGCUGUCUGAGAAAAGAUAAAAGAGAAAGAACAAAUAUCCAUCCACCCUCCUCUGUCCAUCCACUCUUCACUCUCUGUGAUUAUCCAUCUGAACUUGAACUGAACUUUGGACCAACCAUGCAAGAUCAUAUCUUCUGGCUUCCAAAACAGAAGGACAGAAGGAUCCAUUCCGUCUCGAAUAUACCUCGUUUUUUUUUUUUUUUUUUUUUUUUUUCUCUUUUAUUUCUGUUCUUUUGCCGAGAGGUCAUUUUACUGUGAAAAAAAAAACAAACAAACAAAACUGACGAGAAAAAAAAAAGAAAAACGAUGCAUAACUUAUGUACAUUUAUUAUAUUGUAUAUUUUUACAUCAACCGAUUCAGUUCAAAAAAGCUGCGACUAUUUUUGAGGAACUUGAAAAAAAAAACGGGAAAAAACAAACAAAAAAACAAACAAAAAGGCGGCUUGUAGCUCUCAUGAUCACUUUGUGCUGAUUCCUAGUUACGAAUACACAUAACCUGAAGCCUAUAACCACUGGGAGCGGCAGGCAGGGGGAGAGGAGGAGAGGAGGACGCUGCGGAUGUUGACGGAAAUGUUACGAAAGAAUUGUUACGAGAGAAAUGUUACGAAAGUUCUUGGGGAAAAAAAGAAUUCUGAGAGAUUGUGAGAUUGAGAGAUUAAGAGAUUGUGAGAUUGAGAGAUUGUGGCGACGGGUAUUAAGAACGUCUUAAGAAAGAACGAGGAGAGCUGAGCUAAGCAAAGUUAGCUACGCAAAAGACGCACGAGCACAUCGUACGUACGUUUUUUUUUUACGAUUUGACUUUUCUGUGCGUUGCGGGGUUACGGUACGGUAACGUAACGUGUGCAGUGGGCGGGUGUCCCUCACAGAUGUCCACAAUCGAUAGUGUAGAAGCUUGAAAGCGUAAAAACGUGAAAACGACGGCUGCUGUGGCGUCCUCGUGCUCUUCGUCGUUCUCCUCACUAAACUUUGUUAUUAAACUUUUUUUUUCCUUUUAUUUAUUUGAUUUCUUCGUCCGUUUGCCCUUAAAACCUUUUAUACGUGGAAAAUAUGAAAAAGGGAGGGACAAAGAAACCUCUGUACGUGCCUAUAUAUUUUAUUUUACUCUUCUUUUUUUCACUUUACAGUACUUUAUUUAUUUAUGCAGUGCGAAAAAAAUGAACAUCAGUGCUUUUUUAUUAUCCUUUUUUUAUUUAGACUUUAUUAUUACACUUUACAUUUUAUUGUUAAGUUUUUCUUAAUUGCACUUGCCUAAAACCUGUCACACUAUCAAACUACAGGGCAUAGAUUAUUCCGGUCAUUCCUUCAGCUCCAGAAGCUCCGAUCAUGAUCACAAGGCGUCACUAGGGGUCAGAAGGCUUCACGAGGCUUCACAAAGCUUCAGGAGGCUUCAGGAGGCUUCAUGAGACUUCACAAGGCUUCACGAGGCUUGACAAAGUUUCACAAGGCUUCACAAGGCUUCACAAAGCUUCACGAUGCUUCACGAGGCUUCACAAAGCUUCUCAAGGCUUCACGAGGCUUCACAAAGCUUCACAAGGCUUCACAAGGCUUCACAAAGCUUCACGAGGCUUCACAAAGCUUCACGAGGCUUCACAAGGCUUCACGAGGCUUCACAAAGCUUCACGAGGCUUCACAAAGCUUCACGAGGCUUCAGGAAGCUUUACAAGGCUUCAAGAGGCUUCAGAAAGCUUCACGAGGCUUCACAAGGCUUCACGAGGCUUCACGACGCUGGGUAUUUUUCUUGUAUGCUGUACGUGUGUACUUCACCAUGGAAAAGAUGAACAACGGUCACUGUAGCAAAACAAGAAAACAUGCUGUUCUUUUUUAAUGUACAGUACCAUAGAGCAAUUGAAGGGAAGACGGCUAGUUGAGUACGUUUGGGUUUGAGGGGCGGGUUUAUGAGGGAGGGCGGGGUUUGGAGUUUUUUGUGGGCGUGGGAGGGCAGGGAAAGAGGGCGGGGCUAGGCAGAGUGAGGAAGGGUCAGGGUUUCUACCAGGAAAUUUAAUAUAUUGUUUCGAGUGUUCCUCUCUUGAUAAUUUAUAAAGAUGGUGUGAUUAUUCGGUUUAUUCAGCCCAUUAAUAAAACAAACCAACACUACUCUCACUAAUCUGGAUUCCAACAAUCCAAUCAUCCUGCUGAAAAUCCUGCCUGAGAACUUCAGACAGAUCAGCUCAGCUCAGCUUAGUUCAGUCUGGUCUCGAUUUCUUUUUUGUGACAUUUAACCAUUUUAUGUGGUCCAGUGUUGGGAGAUCAGUUGCAGUAUUCUCAGAAUGUCACCAAACGUAACCUCAUAUGAUCUGUUUCACUCAAGCAGCUGCUUUUGUUUCACAUCACGUUUUAGACGCCACUUUUCCUCUGGACAAGCUUUAAAGAACAUUGAAGAAACUCUGGCCAAUCGACUCAAUCAGAAAUUGAGAAAUUGUUGCACACAACUCAAAACAUUUUCAAAAUUCCUGUAUUGGAUGUUUAAUUUGCUAAAAAUAAGUCACACUGUUAGAAUAGAUGAAGUUCUUCUAGGACAAAAAGCAAAAAGAAAAUGUUAAGGAGAUGGUUUACCAGCCUUAUUAUGAUGCUAAUAAAUGGUGCUAGUGAGCUAGUUUAGUCUAGGCUGCAAAGCUACUAUCUCUAGCUAUUGCUGUACGGCUGGGGCAGCUCUAACACCUUGUAAACUGUUAAAAGUACAAGUUCUGGAGGAACCACUUAAGCUAUUUUCAGCAUUUUCGAUAAAGAUUGUUCCCUGAAGGCUCCUUAGGCACCAAAAGAGGUUCAUCUGUAGUUUGAAGAACCUCCAAAUGUUGAUUUUUGAGUGAUGCCAAUGUUAAAUUCUAAAAAACCUUAAUUUGAUAUGAAGUUUUAUUCUUCACAAUUAAACUUCUUUAUCACUUCUAAUUUGUCAUAGUACACAAAAUCUACACAUGUGCUUGCAUAAUUAUUUCUGCUUGAUAAACAAAACAAAUUCUCACAGUGUUUAAAUGUAUCUUCAAUAUUUAUGGAUUAUUUCUAAUUCCCUAAAGGAAAUUUUAAGGAAUUUCUGAUAAACCUACUAGAAAAAGUUUAGAUCUCAACCAAACCUGAUGAGCAGCACACAGCCUCUAUAACGUGAAGAUUCAAUUAGCAAUGCUGGCUUCUUCAACUGAGCUACACUAACAGUGUGAUCUUCAACAUCUACAUGGGCUAGUGCAUCUCAAAAAAUAGGAUGUCAGUGAAAAGAUACUUAAUUUCAGUUAUUCAACUUUUAUGGAGAUGUGGAUUUCAUUUUCCAGCAGGAAUUGGCACACUGCCCACACUGCUAAAAGUACCAAUUGGUCUUAUAUAAUAUUCAAAUUUUCUGAGUUUUUUUUAUUGUAUCAUGAUCAUUAUCAAAAAAAUAAAUGAGUUUCACACUUUGAACUGGAUUACUGAAAUAAAGUAACUUUUCAAUUAUAUCUAUAUUUUUUAGAUGUACUAGUAUUUAGAAGCUCAUUACACUCUAUACAUGUAAUUAUAGGCUAUAUAAAAAGUGUUAUGUUGUUCCACAGUUUGUAAACAGGUUAAACUGAUACUGCAUCAGUCUUCUUGUUCAUUCUAGCAGGAAUACAGUAUCUGUGAUCUGUAAAAUCAUUUGUGUUGUUUAAUCAUGAUUUCAGCUAUGAACUGCAUUCAGACAGUGUAAGCUAAGGAAGUACUGAGGCCUGCUAAUUAGCCACGCAGGCUAACGUCCGUAUUUUUCCUGAUUUGGACACUCUGACCAGGCAAAGCUCCCACUUACAAUAAAGAAGUAGCAUUAGCAGCUUCUAACACAAUGCCCGAACUGUGACCCACGCUUUUUAUAUCCUGAUCUGACUCUUUCUAACGGAGGUAAAGAGGUGGGAAGAAAGGCCUCUUCUUAUAUGUAUUUUGACUUCAUCCUUAAAUCGUCCAAUUUUAGCGUUGUUAACCAAAUUAGAGUAGUCUCUGAAACAUUAAAGUGUACAUUUUGUUGCCAUUUGAUGGGAGGGGAGAACACUGCACACCUUAUGAAGUGAGAACACCCCCUCGGCUGUUUCUACCCACGACGUUGUAUACAAUUGCUGGUUUUGUAAUGCACUGUAGAACAGUCUAAUGGUCCUUUUUUAUAUAGAAAUGUUAUUUCAAUUGUGCAUUCUUUUUGUUUGAUAAAUAAAGUUUUUGAUAAUAAAAACAGAA